UUCUCCUCCAUUUUCGAUUUCAAAGUUUUUUCCCACUUUCGCCAUGGAAGCCACUUCGGGUUCUUCUGCUUCUCCAGUUUUGAACUCUAAUGACGCCGCAUUUACCCAAGAGGAAGACACCAAAGCCGAAGAAAUCCCCGCUGUCCAAUCCUCUAUUUCGAUUUCGAAUUCUUGCGAGGCUUCAACAUCCAUGGCUAAGAGUAGAAAGAUUGUCAGGAGGAAGAAGAAGAGUUCGAUAGAUGUUUCUGCUCCUGCUGGUUCUUGUGCAGCUGCUUCUUGUUCUUUGUCUUCUUUACCUUCCCAACAGAGAGGGGGUUUGCGUCUUACAGCUAAACGACGGACUCCGAGAGUAUCCAUUUGUAGUAAACGUCGUGGAGAGAACGAUUUUGAUGUCCUCGCGCUUCCUCUUGGGAUGUCGAUCGCUGCCGUUGUGGCUCAGGUUCUGGAUGGAGAACAUGUAGCAAAAGAAAAGAUUCCUCUUGAUCAUCUGUCAACGAUUUGUGCUUCAGCUGUGAGGGAAUCUUUAGCAAAUGCUUUUGGGAACAGGUUUGACUGCUUUGUGAGGAAUUUUGAGAAAUCUUUUGGAAGCACCCUGAGGACCUUACGAGUAAUCAAUGAAGCGUCUCUCUAUGAGGGACGAGGUUUCUUCAGAGAAUCAAGUGCAGAAAGUUGUAGUUCAGAAGUGGUCCCACCUAAGUCUCUCUACACGCAAGGACCUGGUUCUAAAGCAGAAGCAGUUGCAUCUACUAUUGAAGCUUGUGGACCAUCUAACGCAGUGGAAGAAAUACAAGAGAAUUUGCGAUUAGUUUCAAUAAAUCAAGAGAUUGCCCUGCAUGAACAAAUGCACCAAUUGGCUACUUCUUCAAGUAGACUGGAUUCUGGCUGUAAUAAUACCAUGCUAAGCACCUUUGAGAAAUCUGUGAAGGAACAAGCUCGUUCUAAUGACCUCAAGACAUUUGAAAUUGGUUUGAUCAUGAAGCGGCUGCAACUGAAAGAAUCACAGGUGGCUCUCCACUUUAAUUCAAAUUGUUUGGAGCGGUUUAAAUUAUCUAUGGCUAUUUCAAAAGCAUCAUUCAAGGCUGAGAAAUUCAAAAAUCAGUUAGAAGAUGCAAGACACACAGAACUAAUCAAGAAAUGCAUAGACUCUCUUGUUGCUGGAUUACUUAUUAUGUCAGCUUCACUUUUAUACGGAGCAUAUGUUUAUUCGUACAAACGGAUCAUAGAAGCCACUGGGCCUUGUUCAUCUUCACCCAAGGGGGCUACUUCUUGGUGGAUCCCUAAGCAGGUCGCAUCUUUCAACUCAUUGCUAGACAUGCUGAAUAUGGUGAGAUGUCAGGUUUCAAUAUUCAGCCGGAUGCUGUUUGGUAUUCUGAUGAUCGUGGCAAUCGCUUAUUUGCUUUUCCAACGUUCUGCCACUUCUAAUCAGAUAAUGCCAGUAACUUUCAUCCUUUUGCUAUUAGGAGGUGGCUGUGGCAUUGUAGGCAAGCUUUGCAUUGACACAUUAGGAGGGAAUGGAUUUCAUUGGUUUAUAUACUGGGAGGCUCUCUGCUUGCUGCACUUCUUUGCAAACAUGUGUACGUCACUUUUGUUCUCUAUCCUGUAUGGACCUGUCUCUGUGGCUCAAGGUACUGGCUCAAGGGCAAUGCUUCCAUACUGGCUACGGCGGCUUGUGUUUUAUGUCAUUAUACUUCUGUUCUUACCAUUAUUUGGUGGUUUGAUGCCAUUCGCAAGCCUUACCGACUGGAAAGACCACUUCUUAUUGUUAAUCAGAGAGAAAUUAGUUGCAUCAGCUAUGGAGAAUGGCAGCUGAUAUUUUAGAUUAUGGCUGGAAGCCUGGAACUUGUAAAGGUGUACAAUGGUGAAAAUUAUUCUGAUUGUAUGGGUAUUUAUUUGCUCUCCGACUCCUCAAACCAUGUAUGGAAGGUGUUACAUGUAUAUUACCUUCUAUUUAAACAUUUGGAGGAAAGAACAAUCUGUGUCUCAAA